AUGUUUGGAACUACACCAAAUGGAUCAUCGAUUCAAAUCGAUUGUAAAAAAAGAUUAUUUGAUGAAGAUGAUUUAAUCGAACAAGAUAAAGAAAUUAUUGAAAUUAAACAAAGGAAUUCCGUUAAGAAACAAAAAAUAAUAUCAACACGUUAUCAUUCUCAAAUACCAAAUCAACCAUUUGUAGUAUUAACAAGUCAUCAUAAUGAACGAUAUUAUUUAUUAGUACGUGAUGAUGAUGAUGAUUGUUUCAAAUUUUCAUCAAAUAAUGGUAAUAAAACAAGUCUACUUAAAGUAUCAGUUGAUGAAAUGAUUGAAAAAAGUGUUCGUCAAGAAUUAGACGAACUUACAAAAUCAAUAAAUAAUCCAUCAACAACUAUCAUAGAAAAUGAAGAUGAAUCAACUUUGUCAAUUGUUGAUGAAUAUACAGAUGAAUUAUGGGUUGAGAAAUUUGCACCACGUGCUUUUUGUGAUUUACUUAGUGAUAUAGUUGGUUAA